AAGAAAAAAGAAAAGAAAGCCCAUUAGCUCCAAUUUCACGAGAAAGCUGCGGCCCUUACCCUCACCACAAUUCAUUCAUUCAUUCGUUGUUCAUUCAUUCGUUCUUCUCUCCAUCUUCACGUGAUUUCUCUCUUUCUUAUUCGCUUUUCUCAUCUGAAUCUAACGACUUCUCUGGAAUUUCAUCGCCGCAACGAUCGAUCGAUCAGCAUGAAGGAGAAGGACAAAGAGAAGGAGACGGAGAAGAAGAAGUAUCCGAUUGGAGCUGAACAUUACCUUCUCUACGAAGAGAUUGGUCAGGGCGUUAGCGCUUCUGUUCACCGCGCGCUCUGCGUUCCCCUCAAUGAGGUCGUCGCCAUCAAAAUCCUCGACUUCGAACGCGACAAUUGCGAUCUGAACAACGUGUCUCGUGAGGCGCAGACAAUGAUCCUGGUGGACCACCCUAACGUGCUCAAAUCGCACUGCUCCUUCGUGAGCGAGCACAAUCUGUGGGUGGUCAUGCCGUAUAUGUCGGGCGGCUCAUGCCUCCACAUACUCAAAGCCGCGCACCCCGACGGGUUUGAGGAGGUUGUGAUUGCGACCAUUCUCAAAGAGGUGCUGAAGGGUUUGGAGUACCUUCACCAUCACGGCCACAUCCACCGCGACGUCAAGGCUGGCAACAUUCUCAUCGAUUCACGCGGCGCCGUCAAGCUUGGCGAUUUUGGUGUUUCCGCUUGCCUUUUUGAUUCUGGUGACCGCCAACGCACAAGGAAUACAUUUGUUGGAACACCUUGCUGGAUGGCACCCGAGGUCAUGGAGCAACUCCACGGCUAUAACUUCAAAGCUGACAUCUGGUCAUUUGGUAUUACCGCCUUGGAGCUUGCUCAUGGUCAUGCUCCUUUCUCAAAGUUUCCACCAAUGAAGGUACUGCUCAUGACUUUGCAAAACGCACCCCCUGGCCUUGACUACGAAAGGGAUAAGAAGUUCUCGAAGUCGUUUAAGCAGAUGAUUGCUAGCUGCUUGGUAAAAGAUCCUUCGAAACGACCCUCUGCAAGCAAGUUGUUGAAGCAUUCCUUCUUUAAGCAGGCUCGCUCCAAUGAUCAUAUUCGAAGGCUCUUGGAGGGGCUGCCUGCUUUAGGUGAUCGAAUGGAGGCCCUGAAGAGAAAAGAAGAAGAUAUGCUCGCUCAAAAGAAAAUGCCUGAUGGAAAGAUGGAGGAAUUAUCACAGAAUGAAUACAAACGAGGAAUUAGUGGCUGGAACUUCAAUCUUGAAGAUAUGAAGGCUCAGGCUUCCUUGAUCCAUGAUUUCGACGAUGCUAUUUCCGAUAUGAAUCAUGUAGCAAGUUCAAGUUCUUUAGCUACACUCGAUUCACAAGAGAAACCAUUACCGAGUGCAUUUCACAACCCUUCUCGAUCUGUUGAUAUGGAAGAAAAUGAUGAGAUGCGAAAUCAAUCAGCUUCUGUUUCUGCAAUUGAUGCCAAAACUAGGCUUGAAAAAUCUGACGAUGACUCCUGCAUCACCAGUUCGAGCCACGAACCAUCAUCCUGUGUCGAUGAUCACGUGGACAAUAAUUUGGGUGAGAAAUCUGACAUCGAAAACGGUGGAAGAUUUGUGGACGGGAUGUCCACCCAUCAUUAUCAUAGAAGAGGAUGUUCAUCGAGCAUCUUACCAGAAGUUACCUUUCCACCAAUUCGACCACCAGAAAGUGAGAAACCGCAAAAUCUGCUCCCGAACGGUUCAAGUUGCAAUGCAACUUCAGUUCCACAGACAGGAGAGGACGUACUUACUGAACUUCCAUCAAGAGUCUCAAAAUCACCAGCUAAUUCUGAUGACACUGAUGAGAAAUCGAAAGUGCCAGUUGUACAGCAGAGAGGACGUUUUAAGGUUACAUCUGAAAAUGUUGACCCAGAAAAGGUGGGCCCUUCUCCUGUACUGCAAAAGAGUCAUAGCAUGCAGGUUUUUAGCCAUAAUGUUGCUUCUGUACAACAACCACCUUUGCCAUUAUUACCAGCAUAUGAAGCCACAUCAUCAAAUCUUUCGGGCCACGCUGUGUUUCCUAUAUUGCACUCUGUACUGCAGACAAAUAUUCUUCAACAGGAAAGCAUUUUAUGUUUAAUGAGGCUUAUUACUGCCGGUGACUCUACAGCUGAUGGCUCGUGUACCCUAGCACAAAUAGCAGGAACUGAAAAAUCUUUGCUUGAAGCAGCUCAGGAGAGGGAGAAGGAGUUACUUCAUGAGAUAACUGAUUUACAAUGGAGGCUUAUCUGUGCUCAGGAGGAGCUUCAAAAAUUGAAAACAGAACACGCCCAGGUGUGAUUGCACUAUGGAACGGAUGGAGGUGGGAUUGAACUUUAAGCUGAGUAAGGAAAAAAAAAAUCCAUGCAAAAAAGUUGGUAGAGUAGAUACGAAGUGGUAUACUAUUUGUAGGUUUUUUCAACCAUUUAGAUAAUACAAAUUUUAUCAAUAGUUUUUUCUUGUUUAUAAUUGUUUUGCUAAAUUCUUCUAGCAUUAUUUGCUGGAUGUAAAUUUUAUUUCCAUUCUCGU